UUUUUUAAGAGUAUUUUGUCUUCCAUAUAGCGAAAGUGGUUCUUCCAAAUGCUGUUAUUCGAGUCCGGAGCCCCGUCCCCAUAUAAUCACAGUACGUUUUCCGGUGCAAGACUUUGUUCGGGGUAUGCAUCCAACCUCCGGCGAUGAGCCCGCCGCGUUCCCCGAACGGCUCCGGCCACCACCAUCCGAAAGUACUAACAGACCUAAGCACCGACGCCUUUGCCCUCUGCACGCGUUUUUUGUCCCUCCGCGACGUCUCUAACCUGGCCAUGUCCUCAAAGUCUCUCCGCCUCCUCGCCUAUUCCGACGCCGUUUGGUUUCGCCUUCUCCAGGAGCGAUGGCCAAAUUAUUGCAUGUCUUCUGGAGCUGGAGGAGCUAGGGAAGAGUAUCUAUCGAGAUUCACUGCAAUGCGGCAGUUUAAAUUCUGUGAUCCUGCCAUUGUUCAUUUAUGGGCUAUGCCUGUUCCACCGACGCAAAUUUUGUUGGCUAAAAAUGAGAUCUGGGUCGACCAG